AUGCACAACUGGGACCGGCAAGCAACUCUUGCUAUCUUGCUAACAACUGUUGGCUUGUAUCCUUUCGUAAGGGACACAAUCACCACAGCUCGACAUGGUAGUAGUCCGGAAAGACGUUGGAAAUUUGUGGCGGGCUCCGUCGCCGUAUGGGACAUUGGCCCACUUCCUCUCGUUUUGAUGGACGUCGAGGAUACAGUCAAUUAUCAGCUCAACUCAACGGACCACAAUAAUGCACAAUGGUCAGCUCUUGCUCCAGGAGAAGGGAUCGUCUACCUCGACCCAGACCACACUCCCUACCUUCCGUCCUUUUUCCAUCAGCUUCGUUGCCUAGACAUCCUUCGAUCAGCGUACACUGCUCAAGAGGUGGACAUGGGCAAGCAAGACGUCAGGGAAGCAACAGUGGCUAGGCAUUGUCUGAAUUACCUUCGACAGGUGUUAUUCUGUCGCUCCGAUUUGAACCUCGAGAGUGUUGUCUCGAUAGAACAUGGCCACCACGCAGUUGGUAGACGACGCACACAGACAUGUCAGGAUUGGAGAGUGGUGUACAAGGAGCUUGAAAGAAAUCAAGGUCAUGACUUAGCGCGAAGUGCUAUGUAG